AGCGGAUCAACUGUUAUUAAUCCAAGAGACACAGCCAUUGCGAUUUCCCAGAAUGUGAAGAGGAGAGAACCCAGUGGCCUGGUUUAACCCCUCAGGCCCUCACCGUCGUCGUAGUCCGGCUUUAUCAUGGGCGUGACCUCGACGGUGAUCCAAACCCUCAUCUUCUACCUCUCCGAGCACCCCUCCAUUGUCGGCUUCCGUUGGAGCCCCGCCCAAUCCUGGGGCUCCACCUGGCUCUUCCUCUUCUCCUCCAUCGCCUCCUUCAUCCUUCUCUCCCUCUUCCUCCACCUCUUCUUGCCUCUCUUCCUCCGCCCCGGCCGUCCCUUCCCUCUCGGUCCCCUCCCCGCCCUUCACAGCCUUCUAAUGUCCCUCAUCUCCGUCACUAUUUUCGCCGGAAUUUUCCUCUCCGCUGCUGCCGAGAUCCGAGACACCCGCUGGUUCUGGCGCCGCUCUAAGACGCCCUUCCAAUGGCUUCUCUGCUUCCCUCUGGGCACCCGACCCUCGGGUCGGGUUUUCUUCUGGUCAUACGUCUACUAUCUCUCCCGUUUCUUGCAUAUGGGGAGGAUCAUCUUCUGCAUCCUACGACGUCGUAAGUUGGCUUUCUUCCAGCUGUUCAACCACUCCAUCUCCACGUUCAUGUCCUUCCUGUGGCUGGAGUUUUCGCAAUCCUUUCAAGUCCUGGCGAUUCUGUUCGCUACUCUGGUUUAUUCGUUGGUGUACGGUUACCGAUUCUGGACGGCCGUUGGGCUUCGCAGCGCCUGCUUCCCCUUCGUGCUCAAUUGCCAAAUUGUGCUGCUGGGUUGCAACUUGAUCUCCCACGUCGGGGUGUUUCUGCUUCACUUCUACAAAGGAGGCUGCAACGGAAUCGGCGCCUGGAUCCUCAAUUCGGUGCUGAAUUGUGCUGUUCUGUUGCUGUUCCUCAACUUCUAUGUGAGAAUGUACCUGGGCAAAAGGGCGAAGAUCGAUCUUGUUGGCAGGAUUCAAUCCGAGCCCGAAUCCACCUCUGUUUUGAGUGUAGGCGCAGGGAGAGGAGUGGAGGUGCCGAAAUUGAAAGUCCGUUAGAGGAUUGAGGCUAGGUCGGCGAACCUCUUGUGCAGCCUGCAGUGUUCGCGAUUUUCUACACUUUCUUCUUUUUGUAUAAACUAUAAAGCAGGAAUACAUAAUAACUAUAAUCGAUUUAAGCACAAAUCUUACUACGACACAAACGCCAACUUAGAAUUUCUUUUUCUCACCGGUCGAGCUUCUCAAGAUAAAUUUCUGGAGCAUACAAAAUCAUUCGAUACUUUCGGUCUACUCGUUAACAAUGGAGCCGCGAAACUUCAACUUUCAAUCAUUAAGGUGGUUGGCGCUAGCAGGUAGCGGUAUGCUCUAACCCUACAACUUUCAAUGGCAAUUGGAGCAAGUUCCCUUCUGAUCUAGAAAAGAUGAAGUGAUGCAAUUCAAAAUUGUUCUGUCAUUUUCUUAUACUGGAUUUCAUAUAUUGUGCAGGUGUCCACCACUAGCCAGAGUAUUAUUUCCUCGCAUUGUGAAAGCUUUACCUUCAAACUUCAACCAACCUAAACCUAUAUUGUCAUUAAAAAAGGAUUUGCAUUAUUAGUGAUGCUUACUAUUUAAAUACUGUCUUUUUUAAUGUUCUAUGCACCGCAGCGAGAAUAAAUUGUAGCUGAUUGUUGAUGAAGAAACCAGUGGUUGGUUGCUUCUGGCUGGUAGAGGAUGUUUGGUUGAGCUGUGGAGGAUCUUAGUUAAUUCGAAGACGAAUAUGCCUUUGACGAUUCACUGCUCAUUCCAGAGGUUGGGGAAUAAAAAGAAGGAAGAUUAUACAAAUAAAUUUUGGAUGCUUUGCAUUAUUAAAAAAAAAUUGAGGAUAAAAAAUUUGCACUGUUGACGGCUUCUUGCGACUUUGUAGUGCCUGUACACAUCUAUAGUUGAUUGCUGGUAGUCAUCGUCAAAUAAGGUGGGGACGUGUGAGUUCAAACAUGUGAUAGUAUGCACGCUUUUGAAUGAUCCAUCACACAAAUACUGACAAGGCCGUCAUCACCAACUUGACAAUGCAGCUGGCAUUGCCCUGAUACUAAACCUGGCAAUUGUCGGCCAAAACACCCGGCAGAGUGACAGUUAAGCUCAAGACCGAAAAGAAAAAGCUGAUAUUUUAAGCUGCCUUUGGGAAGAAAACGUCAGUAACAGGAAUCAUGCGCUGAUCGGCGUAUGAGUUGAGCUUCUUUUCACAACCCAUCAAGAUAGGAAACGAGUCAUGAUCUGUAAAAUGGCCAUCAAGCCUAUAUCUAUCACAUUAAGUUAGAGCCCGUACGCCCAAAA